UCUUAAGUAUCGAUCGUGUGCAUUGGUAACUUUGGAAUGAGUCUCCCCUCCCAGAGAAUCACACCAGAGCACUUGGGUGAAAACCCUCCCGCAAUGAUCAACUGCACAGCUCUGUUGUAGACGCAGCUACGAGAUAGAUUGUGAACAAUGAGCAACAUUGCCAAAAGCCUUCUGAAAUCAGUCACAUGCGGGCGGGCCGUGUGGCUGAGGAGCAGAAGCACUGCUUGCUGUGGAGAACAGCGCUUUCGGCAGCUGGUACUGGGAAUCGAGACGAGCUGCGAUGACACCGGCGCUGCCGUGGUGGACGAUGCUGGCAACGUGCUGGGAGAGGCCCUGCACUGUCAGAAGGAAGUCCAUUUACAAACAGGUGGAAUAAUUCCCGUGGUGGCACAGCAGCUUCACAGAGAAAACAUUGAGCGAGUGGUACGAGAGGCUCUUCGUGCCAGUGGAGUUUCUGUUCCUGAGCUGGCAGCUGUUGCAACUACAGUCAAACCAGGCCUGGCCCUCAGCCUGGAAGUAGGGCUGCGGUACAGCCUGGACCUGGUGAGCAGGUACCAGAAGCCCUUCAUACCCAUCCAUCACAUGGAGGCUCAUGCUCUGACUGUCAGACUGACACAUCAUGUGGAGUUUCCUUUCUUGGUUCUUCUGCUCUCCGGAGGCCACUGCAUUUUGGCAGUAGCACAAGGGGUGUCAGAUUUCCUUCUGCUUGGACAGUCCAUCGAUAUAGCACCGGGAGACAUGCUGGAUAAGGUUGCAAGAAGACUGUCUUUAAGAAAGCACCCAGAGUGCCACAGCAUGGCUGGGGGGAAGGCGAUAGAGCACUUGGCUCAGAGUGGCAACAGGCAUCAGCACACGUUCAGGCUUCCCAUGCUACAAUACCGCAACUGCGACUUCUCUUUCUCCGGACUUCAGAGCCUGGUCAAUAAAGCCAUCACAGAAAAAGAACAAGAAGAAGGUAUUCAAGAGGGUGAGAUCCUCUCCUGUGUGCAGGAUAUUGCUGCCGCCGUGCAGCACACAGUGGCUGUUCACAUUUUCCAGCGGACGUAUCGAGCCAUGCUGUUCUGCAUGAAAAAUAGCAUACUGUCAGCAAGAAAUGCAGCUUUGGUUGUGUCAGGAGGAGUUGCAAGCAAUCAGUACAUCCGAAAGGGUCUGCAGGCUUUGGCCGAUGCAAAUGAUUUUGCCUUUCUGUGCCCUCCUCCACGACUGUGCACGGAUAACGGCGUUAUGAUCGCAUGGAAUGGCGUCGAAAGGUUACGUGCAGGCCUCGGUGUUCUACACAGUACUGACGGCAUCCGCUAUGAACCAAGAGCUCCCCUUGGAAUUGAUAUUUCAAAGAGAGUUGAAGAAGAUUCCAUCAAGGUGCCAAAACUCAAAAAGCAGAUACGGUGGUUGGCAUCAUAAAUAGUAACUCAGGCAAAUAAAAGCAGCUCUAAGUUGUUAAUAAGAAAACAUUUCUGUGCUGUUACAUUUCCUGACAGUAUUUGCUUUGCAAGUGAUGAAGAUCAGUUGCCAGAGAACUAAAUGCUGCCUGGAGUCACCACAAUGAUUCCAGUUACUGUUGCUCGAAUGUCCAAGAUUUCUAGGUGUUAGAACAGUUAAAAGUGCUCUUGCUAAUAAAAUCAAGACAAAUGAAAGUGCCUCCCCUGUUUACACUUUACCAUGUAGUAAGUUUUGUGUGUAUAUUAAAUGUUAAAAAUCUACUACUCCCUUCCAUGACUGAGAAGUUACAGAGCAUGCAGAUGAGAAAGCACAGCUCUCAAGAUCUCCAUGUGUUUGCUGUGCCACCACAAGGGAACUUCAGCAGUACUCAAUUUGCUGCAAUCAGAACCUGUUCUUAAUUCUAGACUAGUGAAAUGUUGGUGUCUAGGUCUAGUGCCUUUUCUUGUACAAAUGGCUCAGGAAAGUUCACAGUGGCAGUGAGCUGCUGGGAUGCAAGUUCUGAAUUGUGAUGCAAAUGGCUUAUGUAACUUUGCCUUUUGAUAACCAGUAUGAUAUACUUCAUAUGUCAAGGCCUCACCUGGAGUUCUGUGUGCAGCUCUGCAGCGCUUAACGCAGCAAGGACAUGGAGCUGAUGGUCCAGAGGAGCACCAUGAAACUUACAGCAGCAUUUCAGUAUCUGAAAGGGACCUACAGAAGGGCUGGGAAAGG